AUGGACAACCAACGUGUAAAGACUGAAACUGAGGGAAAAGAUAAAAAGAUGGGCACUCUUGUACUUCCGCCCUUUGUGGCAUCUGCCAUUGUGGAGCAUGCCAAGCGCCGGUGUAACUCCGCUGGUUAUCUCAUUGGAAACCGCACAGGUGAUCAAAUCACCGUUACUGAUUAUAUUCCAUGCACACAUGCCUCUACAAUGGAAGUUCGCUCCCGUGCCUAUGCGGAGGAUCUCAGUGAGCGUGUCCAGUUAAAGCGAUACUACACCCCUGGCAUCACCCUACUGGGAUGGUAUGCCGCUGGAGUGCCCAUGCCGGAUGAGGAAGAGGCCUUUGAUCUCUGGUGUCAAGCCCCAUGUGUGAGUUUCUCCCGCAGUCGCAGUAACAAUCAAGCGGUGAUGUUACUUGCCCGCAUGCCCACCGCCUCUCACAUCUCCGUGCAGUGGGAGGCACACGUGACGAGUAGCGUGUGGGUUGGCGAUGCCUUGCGGUUUGGACGUGUGCAGGAAGUGGCGGUUUCUAUUGAGGCGGAGACCCCAUCGAUGAAUGUGUUACUGGCUGAGAUUAUCUCCAAAGCCCUCUGUGGGGGUGGGGCUCCGUAUCCAACAAGUCGAAUUACAAAUUUGGAUCGAGUGGCGUUGGAGGCGGAUUCGGCUAAACGCGAUCCUCGCAGAGAAACAGACACACGACCAGUGGAAACAGCCUUGGCGAAUGUGCAGAAUAAACUUCAUCAAACCAUUGUACAUGCCCGUGCGGUACUGGCAUCUGGGGCUGGCAAGCAGAAGGGAGAUAAGGAUGGAGAAGAGGCCGCUAUUGUGGCGAACUAUGAAGCCAUUCUGGAGGAAAAGAACCAGCAGAGUAGUCGCGAUGACUUUAUCUCGGAAAGUUACAAGGAUGCGUUGAUGAUGAAAUAUUUGGCUGCUCUGCUGCGCCGGCACGUGUCGGAGAUUGAACGACAUGGACGAUAUGAGGCAAAAGAGAAGGCACCGCAUGGGGCUGGUGGACAUCCCAAUGCCACGCGUAAGAUGGCUUCAUUCCGAUGA